AUGCUCGAGGUGCUGCUCAAGCGGUACUCGAUUCUGCGAGAUGGGGAGCCAACUUCGCCUGCAAACGUUAUUGAGCGUGCUGUCGAUCUCCAUGCAUUGAGUGUGAUCGGGUCGGCUGGGUACCAGAAGUGCAUCAGGUACCUGUGGCAGGGCUGGUUGUGCCAGGACGACCAGGAUCCCACCAACUUCAUCGAGUACAGGGAGAGAAACAAUCCUUCCUACUGGUCCCAUUUCAACCCGGACAGACUCAGGGCACCAGUCUACCAGAAUGCCGUCCAAGUCUUCUUCUCCAUCCUCUACCUUGUUCUCUUCACCAUUGUGAUCAACACGGUCAAUCCAACCGGUGACCUGGACGUGGCAGAAUGCAUCCUCUAUGGCAUGACUCUAGGCUUCAUUCUCGACGAAGUCACCAAGUUCUGGAAGGUCGGCCGUUUCUACUUCGGAUUCUGGAACGCCUUCAAUUCAACUCUUUACUGUCUGCUCCUGGUCUCCUUCGUCUUCCGAAUAGUCGCCUUGACCCAUUCAAAGGAUGUCGACAACGAAACCCGUAACUACUACAACCAGCUGAGCUACAACUUCCUUGCCUUUUCGGCUCCGAUGUUCUGGGGUAGACUGCUCCUAUACCUUGAUACCUACCGCUUCUUCGGUGCGAUGCUCGUGGUACUGAAGGUCAUGAUGAAGGAGAGUUUGAUCUUCUUCGCCCUCUUGGCCGUUGUCAUCAUUGGUUUCUUGCAGGGAUUUGUUGGAAUGGAUCAGGCAGAUCCUGAUAAUAACAUGACUGCUGUUGUGCUCCUUCAGGGAAUGGCCAAUACGGUCUUGCAGAAUCCUUCAUUCUCUGAGUUCCAGACUUUUGCUCCGCCUUUCGGUAUCCUGCUUUACUACCUGUUCACUUUCGUGGUGAUGGUUGUUCUGCUUAAUAUCUUGAUUGCUCUGUAUAACAGUGCCUAUGAGGACAUUACUGGUAACGCAAUCAAUGAAUACAUGGGUCUCUUUGCCCAUCGAACCCUUCAAUAUGUUCGAGCUCCCGAUGAAAAUGUUUUUAUUGCCCCACUGAACUUGAUUGAAAUUUUCUGUCUUAUCAUUCCUUUCGAAUGGUGGAUGCCUUCUGACCGCUAUGACAAACUCAACAACUACGUCAUGGGCAUCAUAUACUCUCCUCUCCUCUUAGUUACUGCAUUGCUUGAAUCAGCCAAUGCUCAACGGAUCAGACUCAACCGUCGUCUAGGUGAAGAAGACGACGACACCCAAGAAGAAUGGGAAAAUGCCGCUGAGUCCGCAGGGUUUGACUUCAAGAGAAUUGACGACAAUCCUGACACUGGCGCCUGGGAUAAGGUUGUUACUAAAACUAAGCCUAAUGUUGAGGUCGACCAAUGUGUCUUGGAAGUUAGGGAAUUAAAGGAACAAGUCAGACAACUCACUCAGUUGGUUAAUACCUUGAUGGAAAGGCAGGGCAUAUCUGCUGCACCGGCGAAUGGAGAAGGUCAGGCCAGUCAGGAGACGAACGGGAACGCGUAA